AUGUAUUUGGAGAAUAGAAGGGCUAUUUUUGUCUUUUGGAUUUUUCUCCAAGUUCAAGGCAUUGAAGAUAUCUCCAUUAAAACAUAUCAUUCUGAAAAUAAAGGCAUAGACAAAGCCCCAAGAAUCGAAAGAACGGAAAGUAUUGAAAAAAUGUACAAACUGUCAGCCCUGAGGCGAGUAUACAAUUUGACAAAGCAUCGAACAAAAAGAUCAGCAUUUUACCCCACAGGGGUUAAAGUCUGUCCGCAGGAAUCCAUGAAACAGAUUUUAGCCAGUCUUCAAGCAUAUUAUAGAUUGAGAGUGUGUCAGGAAGUGGUGUGGGAAGCGUAUCGGGUCUUUCUGGAUCGCAUCCCCGACACAAUGGAAUACCAGGACUGGGUCAGCGUCUGCCAGCAGGAGACCUUCUGCCUCUUUGAUAUUGGGAAAAACUUCAGUAACUCCCAGGAGCACCUGGAUCUUCUACAGCAGAGAUUAAAACAGAGAAGCUUUCCUGAGAGGAAAGAUGAAAUAUCUACAGAAGAGACACUGGGAGAGCCCAGUGAGGCCCCGGUGCUUCCAACAGAUGCUGCCGAUGUCUCAUUCAAACCCUUCCCUCUCACUCCUGAUGACACAUUCUUCAGUGACACAACAAAAGGAGAAAGAGAAUUCACUGUGUCUGAGGGCCCUCUGGAGCAGAAGGUGGAGCUGAGCAUCUCUCUGGUGAACCAGCUGUUCAAGGCAGAGCUUGCUGAUUCCCAGUCCCCAUCUUACCAGGAGCUAGCAGUAAAGUCCCAGCUUCAGAUGCAAAAGGUAUUCAAGAAACUUCCAGGAUUCAAAAAGAUUCAUGUGUUAGGAUUUAGACCAAAGAAAGAGAAAGAUGGUUCAAGCUCCACAGAGAUGCGACUUACAGCCACCUUUAAGAGAGACAGCACAGAAGCAAAGAGCCCUGCAAGUGACCUCCUGUCUUUCGAUUCCAACAAAAUUGAAAGCGAGGGAGUCCUUCGUGGAACUGUGGAGGACAAGCAACCUGAAAUCUCCCUCUCAGCUGUAGACCUCAAAAAGCUCAUCCGCAAAGUACUGGAGGAAGAACAAUCCCUGGAUGUGGGAGCGAUUCAGUUCACUGACGAAAUUGUUGGAUCUCUGCCAGUUUCCAGUCCUGACACCCAAUCAGGACUGCCUACGCCCCUUGCUGAUAUGACAAUGGAUGCUACUUUGAGUCCUGAACUUACCCUGGGUGAACCCACGGUUGAGACAGUGGACAGAGCAGAGCAUGGUCUACCUGGUGACUCUUGGUCUCGGCCUGCUGUGACCUUUACUUCCCUAUCAGAAACUCGACCUUUAUUUAGAAUCUUCUCUCUAGCUGACCACAGUGUCACUGACACAAUGUCCAUUGACCAGACAGUACGAAUCCCAGGGCUCAUCAUCCCCACCCAUGAUUAUUCUGACACCAGCCAACUGGCCCUGGAAAUUCCACAUCCAUCUGUUUCUGAUGACAGCAGCUCAAAUAUGAGCAGCCAAGAUAUUGUCGGCAGAGACCUAGACAAAACAGAUCUGCCCGACACUCCUGCCUUGUAUGAGGUCCCAGGACUCAAUGGCUGUGUUUCUACCCCAGAUCAUUCCCUGGAGGACACCACUCCUGUCCCAGCGGUGCAGUAUGUCACCACUAGCUCUAUGACCUUUGCCACCAAGGGCCAGGAGCUGGUGGUGUUCUUCAGUCUGCGUGUGGCCAACAUGCGUUUCUCCAGCGACCUGUUCAAUAAGAGCUCCCUGGAGUACCAAGCCCUGGAGCAGCAGUUCACAGAACUGCUGGUUCCAUAUCUGCGAUCCAAUCUUACCGGAUUUAAGCAACUCGAAAUACUUAACUUUCGAAAUGGGAGCGUGAUCGUGAAUAGCAAAAUGAGGUUUGCCCAGUCGGUGCCAUAUAACCUCAGCCAGGCAGUGCAUGGAGUCCUGGAGGAUUUUCGUUUUGUGGCAGCCCAGCAACUUGACCUGGAAAUAGACAGCUACUCUCUCGAUAUUGAAUCAGCUGAUCAAGCAGACCCCUGCAAAGUCCUGGCCUGUGGCGAAUUUGCCCAGUGUGUAAAGAAUGAGUGGACAGCAGAAGCAGAGUGUCGCUGCAAACCCGUCUCUGAGCACCAGGGGCAGCUGGACCCCCUGGACCCCAAUAACUGUGCCCCUGGCACAGAGGAAUGUGAGGGCAUCCAGAGAAAGGGAGCUCCGUGCAGGUCAACAGAUCACUCUAAAAACCAAGCAUACAAAACUCAUGUUAAAAAGUUCAAAAAUCAACGCAGUAACAAGGUUACCAGGAAAAGAAAUCUCGAAUUACUGACUGUAGGAUAUGAAGACUUUAACCAUCAAGACUGGGAAGGAAAUUAA